AUGUCCAAAAUCGCAGCUUCCAUCGCAGCUAUUGCCGGCACCGGUCUGGCGGCCCAUCUGUGGGCGGACUCGCCCAGAGCGUCUCUCGACGUGUUCAACGGCUCAACCCCGGCGGUUCCAGUCAAGCCAGGGGAGUUCUUCAAGUACGGCUUCCCCGGAGCAGCCCACGACAUUGCCUACCGACAGGAGUUUGUGUCGUGCUACGACCGAGAACGACGUAACCCCAUGUGGGUCGUGGAACACAUCACCCCGGACUCCAUCAAGUCCAACAAGGGCGAGGGAGCCCCGGAUCGAAAGUUCUCCAACUUCAAGGAAGAUCAGGAGGUGCCGCUCAAGUUCCGGGCUCGGCUGGCCGACUACUUCCGAUCGGGCUACGAUCGAGGCCACCAGGCACCCGCAGCUGACGCAAAGUUCUCCCAGAAGGCCAUGGACGAGACCUUCUUCCUGACCAACAUUGCCCCCCAGGUCGGAGACGGAUUCAACAGAGACUACUGGGCCCACCUGGAGGACUUUUGCCGACGGCUGACCAAGCAGUACGGCAGCGUGUACAUUGUGACCGGACCGCUGUACCUGCCUAAGAAGUACCCCGAUGGCAAGUACCGAGUGUCGUACGAGGUGAUUGGUAACCCCCCCAACGUGGCUGUCCCCACACACUUUUUCAAGAUUGUGCUGGCCGAGAAGCCCGUCAAGAAUCCCGGAACCAGUGACGUGGCUGUUGCUGCCUUUGUGCUCCCUAACGACGUGAUUCCCAACGAGACCAAGCUUACCUCGUUUCAGACCCCCGUGGAUGCCAUUGAGCGGUCCACCGGAGUCGAGUUCCUCAACAAGAUCACCGUCAAGCAGAAGGACCUGUGUCGAGAAGUCGACUGCUCCAUUGUCGUACGAGACUUUACCAAGGCCCUCCCUGCCCCUAACGGGUUGCUGGCUCUUCCCGCCCCUGAAAAGUAG